CUUUUUCUCUUGUUCUACUACGAAAAGAAGAAUUCAAGAAAUGGUUCUUACAGAGGCUGAGAUUGAAGCCGAAUUGGAUCGUCUCAUGGAAGCACCGGAAGUAGAUGAAGAGCAAGUGAAGGAUUUGGAGAAGAGAAUGAUCGAGUUCACUAAAACAAACCGAGGUAUAGAUCCCAAGUAUAUGAAGACAAUUGAAUAUCUAAAGAUGGAUAAACGACUCAAAUCUAUGAUCAAAGUUACAGGAACUUCUAUUGUGAAGCAGAAGUCUUCCUCUUCAUCUUAA